AUGUCCUUAACGAAAAAACAAAAAUUGAUCUUACAACUACUUCUUUUACAACAAGCAGAAGAAGAACAAGCUAUCAUAAAAUACGUUGUAUCAAAAAAUAAAAAUGAAGUGCAUGAAAUGUACUUAGCUAGAGAAGCUGAAGGAUUUUUCAGUGUCCUGAUUGAAAAACAUUUAUGGCGAGACGAAACCAAAUUCAGGGAAUUUUUUAGAUUAAAUUGGGAUCAAUUUAAUUAUGUAUUGAACCUAGUUGAGGAAGACAUAAAAACCAACCCAAGCAUCAAAAUUAGAUAA